GCAAGACAAACAGAAAAGUUGGUGCAAAGGUCCAUGCAUAUUAACCUUCCCAUUGUUUUGUCAGCUGCCGGUACUAAUGUCCCCGAGACAGUAGCAAGCUACCUUAAGACAUGACAAGGCCAAGGCACGUCAACAAGUUAUAAGAUGCGGAGGUUCGUUCAUCGUUCAUCUCCCUUCUGACUAUGACGAUAGAAAAUGGAUCCUCAUAAUUUGGACCGUUUGUUUAUAAUCUCAAUAUGGUUUGAAAGUAUGGUUUACGGAAUCAACUGCGUGCUUUUUGGUGCAUGUAUAUAUAUCUUCGCGAAUCGAAACAGAAAGUCACAUAGGGUCCUUGUUACGUCGUGUAUUUUCCACAUCUUAGUUUCAACAGCACACAGCAUCAUCUCUCUUAUUCUGUCCUUGCGAGGACUUACGACCCCUUCCAUAAUAGCCGUUCCUGAUGGAAGCAGCAUAUACUUCGUCUCAUCAACAACACUUAUGCUGACAAAUUUGGGAUUAUAUGUCUGCAAUGUGCUCGCUCAAGAUUUGCUGCUAAUCUGGAGGCUUUACGUUGUUUGGAACCACAACUGGAAGCUUGUCAUUCCUUCGUUGGUUUUGGAAGUUGCACACAUUGCUUGUGCUAUCAUAGCCGUAUUUCUGAUAGCUCAGCCUAACGAGCACCUCUUCUCACACAAUGUCCAAGCUUUCGGCAAAGCUAGUUGGUCACUGGGUCUUUGUCUCAACACCGGUGUCACAUUUGGAAUCGCGUAUCGUCUUUGGCUUGCGGGACGAGAAGCAUCCCAUUUAGUUAGUCGCAAUGUCUACACGGCUGCCAUGUUUACCGUCAUCGAGUCCGGUGCACUUGUAGCUAGCUGCACUUUUGUCAUGUUCGUUUUGGAUGUAGCUGGCAGUCCAUCUGGUUUCACGGGAUUCAAUGUUGCUGUUCAAAUUGCCACCACGACGCCUCUUCUUAUCAUCACCCGUCUUGGCCUCGGCCUGACUAAUAUAGGCACACAUUUCGACAAAUCGUCAAGUCCUACAGUGACCUUUGCACCAGUCCAGAUCGAUGUCACCGAGGAUACCUGUACCUACCCUAUGUCUCCCAUGUCACCAUUUGCUACUCGGAAGACUGGGAGUAUGCAGUCAUUCUACCGUGAAGUGUAGCAACAACAAACGGAUACCCUUGUCAUCUACGGUA